GAGUCCUGUAGGGGGUCAAGCGGCCUAGGGAUAUCGAGAAUUGUGUUUAAACUGUUUUCUUCGUACAGAUGGGUGUAAAACAAUGGAGUUUCCAGAGUCCUAUUUCUUCAACGGCAAAGCUCUUGUUGGCUUUGUACUCAAGACUAUUCAAGUGGCAGACGAGUCUCAAUGUAGGGCUCAGUGUUAUAUGACCAAGAACGACCAUUGCCUAUCCUACAACUACAUYCCAGAGCGAUUGACAUGUGAACUCAGCCAAUCAGAUCACAGGGUCCAUCCAGAUAACUUGGUAGCCAGGCAAGGUUCAUUGUAUAAAGCUUCAAAAAAUGGCUGUUCGUGUACAAGAGAUCAAAUGUGUCUUUACAACUUCACUACCAAUAGCCAUCGCUGUAAAUAUAUAAACGGAUCGUCGUCCGCCAGCUCGCCGACAACAACCAAGGGCCCUUCCCAACACGCAUCCACCWCUACUGGUUCAAAUCUCCAGCAGAGUGAAAACAGCACUUUAACUCCUACUGCACCAGCCUCAACCAAAGAUGGGUCCAUCCUAAAUACUUUGUCAGYUACUCUUUCUGCRRCCAGUACWGUGAUCAACACAGGACAAGUUGAAAGUGCUAGUGCAACCCCAAGAACAUCUUCAGCUGGAGAUAUGACGUCUGUUAUUACCGCUCAAGCCACAAUCCAUGUUACUGCAGCUCCAAAACCCUCAGUUGUGACUGAUAUUAUUCUAUCAGCCAUUACUUCUGCUAGCAGCUUCAUUGCUACAGCACUUGAAAGUAGUCCUCCCAAAUCCUCAGACUUUGUGUUGGGUUCGCUAGGAAUCAUGACUACUCCUCUUGAGUCAAGUGUAGCAACAACAUUGGUGGCUACAGACCCUACACCUGUGUCUAUAUCAAUUACAAUUAAAUCUGGUAAAGAUAUGUAUUUCGAAGURAAUGGAGCCAAAUACACAAAGGGACAGUAUUAUGGUAUCAAUUUCCUGAUAGUAAACCAGGAUGGGACGAUCUAUGGUGACGCGGCCAAAGCUACAGGUUUUGAUAUACAAAGCGAUAAGACUCUCCAGGAAGCCAAAAACUACAUCACGUCGAUUCCCGAUGGCAAAAUUGUACUAAUGACUACCAGUGAGGAGAAGMACAUGCCUAGUAAAUCGAGUACUUUUAACGAGCUGGAAGACAGCUUCAGGUCCAUAGGUUCGAAAAAGAGAUUUGGGGAAAUUAAAGAUAGCGAAUCCUGGUCUUUGAUUGGAUACAAGGGUGGCGAUAAGACAUGGGUUAAAGAGAAACUAAGCUCUCUAGAGGAWGAAGUCCUCUCGGGCACCAUCACUCCCUCAAAUCCGUGAAUCUUUCCGUGCUUCUACAAAACAGUACAACACCCAAUUUUUUAGCCUCUAGUGAUUCAAACUUAUGUCAGGAGGCCGUAAUUAAAUAGCACUUGCAUAAUUUUCCCUACAAAACAUCGCAUGAAAACUGCUCCUAUUAUCCCUAUGAAGGCUAGUCAGAGUUACACUAAGCUUACGACAUUUUAACUAAAACUCACACACAUCGUGUAGCGUGUUUCACUUUCRUUUUACAGAUUUCAGGCCGAGGGAAGACUGGGCAAAAUCCCUUAGCUAAAUAGCCGACUUGCGAAUUACGCAUCAA